UUUUGGUUUAAUUACUAAUAUUAUAUAUUAUGGCUGAUGAUUCACCUGUACCUACAAAAAAGCAACGAAUCGAUGAUAAAAAGUAUGAAAUACUGUAUCCGGAAAUGGAUUAUGUGAUGAACCCAGAGGUAAGUGAUGUCAAGUUUCUGAUCGAUGGCCAAACGAUUCCGGCCAUCAAAGCGCUGAUGUCGACAAAAAGUACAUAUUUUCGGUCAAUGUUUUCGGGUAAUUGGUUAGAGAAAAAUGAAAUUGAAAUCAUGGGUACUUCAGCGGAAGCGUUUGAAGUGAUAGUCAAAUAUAUAUAUACCGAUCGUCUGAUGUUUGACAGCAACAACACUACUAUCGGCGGCGCCGCCGCCGACUUGAAUCACAUACAGGAUGUGCUAAUACUGGCCGAAAUGUAUGAAUUGAGACGAUUGGCCAUAAGUGUUGGCCAACAUCUGCGGACAAUGAUAUCGGCUGAAAAUAUUGAAACCAUUGGCCGAUUGGCGUUUCGAUUCGAAUUGGAUGACCUGAUCGAUGGUCUACGGCUUUAUAUUGACCAGAAUUUUCGGCAACUAAUGUCUAGCAAACAGCAACCAGAGCUGAAUGCUAUCAAUAGUGCGGUUAAUAAUCUACUGUUUGAACGGUUGAGCCGAUGUUAUGGACUGUUUAAAAAUAAGUUUCCGUCAAAUAAAAUGGAUAGUAAUGGCCAGUAUUAUCGAUACAAAAUCAAUGGUAAUAUCUAUCGUUUUGGUGACAGCUAUUCAAGUAAUAGUGGUCAACUUAUUGAAAUUGAUACUGGUGAUUUAUAA